AUGUUAAAUACUAUACUUCGUCCACUUAGGAAGAAGUCAAAUGCUGGACUACAAGAGGUAGCGGUAGCUGGUGCACCUCCACCAACUCCUGCAAAUGGCAAUGGAGUUGGAAAUGGACUUGGAAAUGGAAAUGGAAAUGCCAAUGUAGAUAAUAACAAAACAAACAAUAGCAAUAAUAAGGUUGCCAAUGGCAAUGGCAAUGGCAAUGGCGGUGGGAAUGGCACAACAACCUCGACAACAACAACAGACACAUCACAACAACAACAACAACAACAAAAGACAAAUAAUAGUAGUACAGAGAGUUUGGAUAAUGGACAAAUGCCAAAACUGUCGGUGAUUGGAGCUGGCGCAUCAAUCACAAUGACAUCACCAUUCUCAUCGGCCGACGACCUACAUCAACAGCAGACCAGCGGAAUGAUCACGCCGCGUGGAAGCAAGGGCGUCUCACCCAGAGGCGGCGAUUGCUACAAGACCCUGCUGUCCGAGAUCCAGUUCCUGGAGCGUCUGCUGCAGGACCAGAUAUCCAUGCGCAACAGCACCACACGAGCCAACAAGCAGAGCUCCGGCGAGCUGCUGCGUGAGGGCGAGGCUGAGGACGACGAGCUGCGUCGCUAUGAGGAACAGCUCAAACGCAUCAUUGAGGCCAAGAAGGCAGACUUCCGCGUGCUCGCCGAGAACGACCGCGACAAGGACAAACAACAGGAUCGCAAGCCUCGUCCUGCCUUCCUCAAGUCUGGCACAGCAAUAUCCAUCUUCCCAUCGGUCAUUGAGGAGCGACUGUGCUCGUCAUUGCCCCUAGUGCGCAUCGAAAAGAUCAAGAUCAAGAGACUACAACAACAGCACGAGCAAGAGUUGUUGCACUCACAACAGCAACAGGGACAGGGACUUGGCCAUGAGGACACAGCUGAGCUCUACCUUCAUGAGCUAGCUACUACACAGCAGCCAGACUCUAGCAAUAGCAGCAGUAGCAACAAGGAUAGCAAUAGUGAUGAUAAUGAUAGCACGGUCAGUGGACAUAGUGGCCUGGAGCAUAGCCAGGAGCAUCCUCCAAUCACAUCGUCGAUUGAGGAGUUGGACAUAUCAAUAUCCCAAGCGGAUCUGUCUGAGCUCAGAUCACUGCUGCCCAAGCCUCUGGCAACCCUUGUUGGCCCAGGCGCAGACCUGCCCGACGACGAGCAGAACUUCCACAACAUUGUCUGUUGCAAAUCCAACUCAUCAUAUCCAAUGAACGAAUCUUGUGGCAAGAGGCAAGGUGACCCAAUAUGUGACAAGUUCAAGGCAGCAGUCUAUAGAGACAACAUGAUUGUGUCACUUGCCGAUGGAUGCAACUGGGGUCGUUUGCCAUUUGAAGCAGCCACUCGUGCAACAGACGCAUUCAUGUCAUUCAUGGAGGAGAACUACCACGAGAUCAACACAGUGCGCAAGGCAGGAUCGUUCCUGUUGGGCGCCAUUACAGCCGCACACAAGGGCAUCAUAUCAGGCAGGAGCGAGCUGUGGGAGAGCGGCACGACCACGCUGAUCGGUGGCCUGCUAUCUAAGAUCAAGAAGGAGAAGAGCGAGGGCACCGACUUCAAGAGCAUGUCGUCACUCAAGUUCAUCGACGUCGAGUCGGACUGGGUGUUCACAGGCGUCACUCUGGGCGACUGCAAGGCCUUCCACUACUCGAGCAAAUGCAACGUAUUUAGCGACAUCACCAAGGGCAACAGACAGAACUUGUCCGACGCCCGUGACCCGGGCGGCCGUCUCGGACCCUACAUUGGCGAGGGCCAGCCCGACCUCCGCAACCUGGCCGUCUUCCACAAGUUCUGUGAUCAAGACGACGUCAUCCUCUUGCUGAGCGAUGGUGUACACGACAAUCUCGACCCGCAGCAACUGGGUCUAUCGCCAAGAGAUCUAGGCGUCGACUGUGACUCAUGGGACAUUGCCGGACAGAAACUGCCCGUUGAGACAGAUCGUGUAAAGAAUGAAUUUAGGAACAAGUGGCUACUGGAUCACCUGACCACAACAACAACUGAUGGUGGCCAAGACAACAACAUUAUCAGUCGACAGAUAUUACCACCUCAACAAAUUGCCAGCACACUCCUGAAGCACUGCGUGGAAACGACACAGACAAGCAGGGACUUUAUGGAGAAUAACUCAACAAAGAAACUACCGAGUGAUUAUAAGUUGUACCCAGGAAAGAUGGAUCAUAACACAUGCGUAUGCUUUAGAGUGGGCGCCAACAAUGUUUAA